ACCUGGGGAGUCGAGGGGCGUCGUGGUCCGUAUCCGCCAUGCGUGAGUCGUUCUGGUGGCGCCGAGGGACUCCAAAACAUAAGCUGCAUUACAGAAAGGAAGUAGAAAUUCAGGAGUUGUUACUCUACUUCAUUUUUUUAAUAAACCUAUGUAUAUUGACUUUUGGAAUGGUAAACCCACAUAUGUAUUACUUAAACAAAGUUAUGUCAUCUCUAUUUUUGGACACUUCUGUGCCUGGUGAUGAAAGAACCAACUUUAAGUCUAUUCGCAGCAUAACUGAUUUUUGGAAGUUUAUGGAAGGACCCCUUUUGGAAGGUCUGUACUGGGACUCGUGGUACAAUAACAAGAAGUUAUAUAAUUUAAAUAACAGCAGUCGUAUCUACUAUGAGAACAUACUUUUAGGAGUCCCCAGAGUCCGUCAACUAAAAGUCCGCAACAACACCUGCAAGGUCUAUUCAUCCUUCAAGUCCUUGAUGAGUGAAUGUUAUGACAGAUACACUCCUGCAAGUGAAGACCUGUCUGAGUUUGGCCUUAAGCAGGAUACUGAAUGGAAAUACUCUACGCCUAGUGCCAACUACCCUUGGCACUGGGGAUUUUUUGGUGUUUACCGAAAUGGGGGAUAUAUUUUCACUUUAUCAAGAUCAAAAUCUGAAACCAAAAGCAAAUUUAUUAACCUUCGACUGCACAGCUGGAUCACAAGAGGGACUAGAGUUGUUUUUAUUGAUUUUUCAUUAUACAAUGCUAAUGUAAAUCUCUUUUGCAUCAUCAGAUUGGUGGCAGAAUUCCCUGCAACUGGAGGAAUACUUACUUCAUGGCAGUUUUACUCUGUAAAGCUCCUCAGAUAUGUUAGCUUCUAUGAUUACUUUAUUGCUUCCUGUGAAAUCACAUUUUGUAUUUUUCUAAUUGUCUUCACAACACAAGAAGCCAAAAAAAUGAAAGAAUUUAAGUCUGCCUAUUUCAAAAGUAUUUGGAACUGGCUGGAAUUACUACUUUUGGUGUUGUGUGUCAUGGCCAUUUUCUUCAACUCAUACUGUAAUAUACAAAUUUUCCUCUUACUGGGACAGAUGUUAAAAAGUACUGAGAAGUAUUCAGACUUCCAUUUUCUUGCAUACUGGCAUAUUUAUUACAACAAUAUAAUUGCUAUUACCAUCUUCUUUGCAUGGAUAAAGAUACUCAAAUUCAUAAACUUUAAUAGGACAAUGUCUCAGCUGUCAUCGACCUUGUCCCGAUGUAUCAAAGACAUAGUAGGAUUUACCAUCAUGUUUUUUAUAAUAUUCUUUGCUUAUGCCCAGCUAGGAUUUCUUGUUUUUGGAUCACAAGUUGACGACUUUUCCACUUUUCAAAAUUCUAUAUUUGCACAAUUUCGAAUUGUUCUUGGAGAUGUUAAUUUUGCUGGUAUUCAACAAGCCAAUCGUAUCUUGGGACCCAUUUACUUCAUCACUUUCAUCUUCUUUGUGUUCUUUGUCCUGCUGAACAUGUUCUUGGCAAUAAUUAACAAUACCUAUUCUGAAGUGAAAGCUGAUUAUUCAAUAGGCAGAAGGCCAGAUUUUGAACUUGGUAAAGUGAUUACAAAGAGUUUUAAUAAUGCUCUAGAGAAACUCAAACUAAAGAAACCUCAAGAGGAUGAAGACAAGAAAAGUAUGAAAAGCAGAGAUUUGGUUGAAGAAGCCCAAAGAGAAGGCUUUGAUGAAACUGAAAUUCAAAGAUCAGAGCAGAUGAAAAAAUGGAAAGAGAGGCUUGAGAAAAAGUAUUAUUCUAUAGAAAUUCAAGAUGACUACCAGCCUGUCACUCAACAAGAAUUCCAAGAACUCUUUUUAUAUGCCGUGGAGCUGGAGAAAGAAUUACACUACGUCAGUUUAAAACUAAACCGAGUGAUGAAAAAGAUUUCAGCUCUACAAUACUGAGACAAGUAGAAGUGCACUUUAAAAGCCCUGAACCACCUGUCAUUGAGGUCAACGAUAAUCAUCAAAUGAUAUCCAGGAAUUAAGUGCCCCUGCAUGGGACCCACUGUACAGUCCUUGCAUAUUACAACACGCCUCCAGAGUAUACACACACUGCUGCAGACACAGGACUUCAUAAGAUUUAUUAUUACACUCUAGGAAUGUAAAGGGAAAGUAUAAAAUAAUGCUGCUUACAGUUCAUACAGCAGGUCUCCAACAGUUCAAUACUUAAGAUAGUUUUCUCAAUAUUACACGAAGUGUAAGAACUCCGGUGCUCUCAUCACGUACCAGGUUCUAACUCCCUCUGGCCAUACAUCAAUAAAUGUUUUCGACUCUGGAAAACCAUUAUAGAAGACCCCAAGUUAAAAAAAAAAUCUUACCUCCAUUCUUCCCAAUUUGAAGUCUCCUGGAAAAAGCCAAAGUAUAAAAGAACAAACUUCCCAAACACCUAGAGAACUUCCACUAACACUUUCAAAUGGGAAAUUCUUCUAGACAGUUUCUAAGUAACACAUUCAAAGGUUUCCAAAAGUCCUCAACUACUUUAAAAGCAAAAUAUGCUUUAAAAAAUAAAGAGCAAGGUAGGAGGUAACAGGGUUAUAAGUCGUUACGUUUGAAAGUGCGAAUGAGGGAGCCACGAAAGCCUAGUCUGGACGGUCGGAAAGCGCUGCUUGGCCGGCACUGCGGGAGCUGGAAGGAAGCUCUUCUGGUUUCCGUAGGUCCGAUAAGCCAUCCCAGAAAGGCCCUAUGUUCGCUUAGCCCAAGCGGCGUCAUUCGGCCAUGGUUCUCAGCUUCCACACGCGUGCUCAACAGUCCCUGGGCUUUCAAACUCGAAUAAAGGUAUCUUACACAUACCCACCUUCCUCAGACCAAGCUUUUCUCUUAGAGUCUGUAAGUCAAGUUUUCUUAAUAGGAAUCCUGAAACAAGAAAUGCUGACUAUUCUCUUGGAACGGAUUUCCAUAAGAGAAUCAACCACAUGGCCUCUGUCUUACCACUCCCGGAAGCUACAGCCAGCCACGUGGUUUAGUAACGUUGUUCCCUGACAUGGUCCCUGGUUGGGGUAAUUUAAACAAAGACUAAGAACACUAAGGCAAAG